CUAGGACCUGUUAUCUACCAUGCUGCUGGUUGACCAGUCUGGUGUGUGUGUCCGUGUCCGUGUCUCUAGGAUCUCCUCUCCAAGAUGCUGCAUGUUGAUCCUCACCAGCGUUAUUCAGCUGAACAGGUCCUGAAACACGCCUGGAUCAUGCAACGAGACACGUUACCACACUUCCAGCUCGCACGCCACGACGCACCACACCUCGUUAAGGGAGCGAUGGCAGCUACCUACUCUGCUCUGGGUCAUAAGACGUGUCAGCCAGUUCUGGAGCCAGUAGCUGCUUCUAGCCUGGCACAGAGACGCAACAUGAAGAAACUCACCCCUAUUGACAUGUAACACACACACCACUGCCCCAGCCUCCCACUGCCCCAGCCUGCCCCAGCCUCCCUCUGCCCCAGCCUCCCACUG